AUGAAUUCAAUUACACUUCUAUUAAAUAUUAUUGCCUUAUUCUUCACGUUUUGGCAAUCUGACUCUUCGUGUGAUAUAAGAGGUCCUUUUAAACGUUCGAUCCAUACACAACAUAUAAGUGGAGGUAAAUUAGAUCCUAGAGUCGGAAGAAUUUUGCAUGAAGCGGAUGAGACUUCGACUGAGACCUUUAGCAAUAGUAACAUACCAUAUGUGACACUCGUUGAUUCUUCGGAUUCAUAUAUAGAUUACGUUCAGUUGCAUGAAGUGGAAGCGGAAGAUAUAAUACAAUCCGAAUUUCUUCAAAAAUUGAGUAGCCAAUGGUACGGGGCUAUCAUAGAAAUGGCAUCUGAAUAUGUAGAUUUCACAGAAUUGAUGGAUGCCCAGUGGAGAAAUAAAAUGUGGACUGAUAUAUGGGUUAAAUAUCUAUCCAGGAUAAGUCAUGAUUUGGACAUUUAUUUUUCGUACACUUUCCUACCUAUAAGUUGUAAACAAGAAAUUUUUAAUAAUUUACUAUGUUUAACUAGAGACGAUUUUAAAGCAUUUUUGAGCACAAUUGAUGAUAAAUGGAACGAAGAAUUAAAUAAAAAUGCUCUGUGA